AUGGGUAUUCAGGUGUGCUAUACGGAUGUUGCACCCCUGAAAGCAAAAUUGGAGAGAAGCUGUGGGGAAACUUGCAAGUUCUGUAAGCACCACAAAUGAUAUAGUCACAACAGUUUAAACGCUACACCCAAUAGACCUUUCCACUGUUUUUUUUUUUACUGAGACUUAUUAAGAUCACUGAGAGAAUAUCAAUCGACACUGCUGGCAAGAGUGCCUUGAAAUUAGUAAACUUACAAAAUUCUAAGGUGAUACUUCCAGAAAAGAUUUUGCCACACAAAGUCGCGAAAUCGUUACAGACGUUUGUGUGGUUGACGGCUCGAAAUUGCCACCACACAACGUCUGUGAGAUUUCGGGUCACCUGCACGGUGUUUCUCUGAAGCAGUGAUAGAUCAAUAGAAAUAAAACUUUCAAAUUUCUCUUUAGGUGGAGGCCGCCCAAAAGAUUGUAGAACAAGUAUUUACGGUUGUUGUUGGGAUGCAUACACACCCAGUGGGGAUGUCUAUGGAAUUAAAGGAUGCCCAGGUAAAGUCCUGAUACAAAGAGAGUAAAAAUGAUGGCGAAACACUACUAACUAUGAAAACAGCGAAUAAAAGAAUGAAUCACGAACGAUGAGACCCAAUGAAUUUAUGGAUUCAAAAUUUAUUAGUUUAUUAGUAAAACGUACAUUAUUACAAGCUCUCCAUGCGGCAGGGCUUCCAGAAAGUGAGGGCUUCAAGUUUUCUUGGCGACAUCUUCAACAGUUUAGGCAGCCGUUUUCAGAAAUCUCUUUACAGUGCGUAGCCACAUUGCCAACAUAGCACAUGUUUUAUCAGUGUGAAGAUAACUGUCUGAAAAUAAUUAAAACCAAGAAUGGAUAAGUUCGUAAUCCCCGGAUGAGAAUUAUCGCCGGCACGACACUCGCUGAUUAUGCAAAUAAAAUAAUUAGAUGAACUCUGCACAGAAAGCUCUUAGGGUCUCAUUGUUGAGGUUCAUGAUUUAAAGUACGUAACAGCGUUUUCUCUAUCGAGUGACCUUGCCUCCCCGCAGACGUCCUUUGCCGUUCGUUCGUCACGCAUUCAUUUCUUACCCCAUGCGUGACGAACGAACCCAAAGGACGUCUGCGGGGAGGCUAGUGUAGACCUAACUUUAUAACAUAUGUCUCCAAACAAACAACUCAUGCAAGCAACUUGUGUGUAGUGUUUCUUCGAGGUGAAAAAAAGGAAGUUUUUAAGGUCGGCUUCAUCUCGUGCUGUCUGUCAGGUGAUUUGGCAGCUAUAUGUAAUUAAAAGGAAGAUAUCACAGGCAUGGAAACGCUGACACCAGACCCAGGAUGUUUUAAAAUGCUUAGAAAAAUUGCUUACCAAAAAAUUUCUCUCCAGUGAAGUGCAUGUGAAAAGACUUUUUGGGAACAUAGGCACACACACGGGGUUAACACGAAGCAAAAUAUGUAUGAUUCCGAAAUUAUAGUCAGUUUUAACUUUCAACAUUUCUAAGCAAAGAUGUGUAGAGUAUUAUGUUUUUUAUUUACACGAAUAAAUUUCCUUUUGAAUCUUACCUUUUUUAGAAUGCAAAAAUCAUCUUCGAUUGUGUAAACGAUUCAAAAAAUUCUGUGGUCAAGACUCUGAGAACGGAGCAUUUAUGGACCUUCACUGUCCCUUGACAUGUGGGAGAUGCCGGACAAGAAGGGAUAUGAGGAUUAGUGGACAAAAGAUCAAGAUGUCUGACUGGGGAAAACUUUGA